GAAGCGGCGCUGAGAUUCAAACCGCUACACUACAGGAGAAGAAGAUAUCGACUCGACUUGCUUUCUUCUUCUUUUUGCAGCUUGUAUGUGACUCGGAGAGUGUUUGUAUUAAGAGAGAAGUGAGAUUAUCUGGAUUGAACAGCCAUGUCCCGGAGGAAACAGAGUAACCCGCGUCAGUUCAAGCGUCUCAGCGCAGAAAACACAGAAGUGUUUGAGGAUGGACAAACAGAGCUGGAAGGCAGAGAGUGUGAAGAGAAAGAGAUCCUGAAAGACGUGGAAGCGACUGUUGACCAAGAAACGCAGUUCCCUUUAGACCCUGAGAAGGUUCACGUUAAAAACGAGGACGAGUGCAGCUCAGGGGAUGCGGCUGGAGGUCAGAAAUCACCGAAAGAAGCCAGUGAAGGACCUAAGGGGAAGGAUCCGAGAAGCCCGACCACGCCGGACGAGUGGGACGGCCCGAGAGAGCUGGAGGCGUUCAGCAUCGGAGCGGAGAAAGGCGUUCGUUUCCGACAGGUGCUUCCUCCAGGCACCACAUGGGGGCCGUUUACUGGGAAAAUAGAACCAUCGCCAGGAGGAAAUGAUGUCGUUCCGCUGGUUCUGACCGGAGGUCCGCAAUGGCUGAUGGACGUGACGUGGGUCAGCGCAGAGGACUUGAAGAAUAAUUGUGUGGUUUACAGUAAAGGAGGACACGUGUGGUGCUCGACCACAAGAAGCGUUACUGAGGGAGAGGAAAUCGCAGUGUGUGCGGUGGAUGUUUCUUCAAAACUCUUGUCCAUCCAGCUUCUUCCUCAACAAGCCGCCAUGGUGUCCGUUCUCCCCAACGCCAUCGUCAACAAAGACAUUUUCCCCUGUAAGAUGUGUGGGAUCUGGUUCAGGAGCGAGAGGAACCUCCAAGCUCACCUCAUGCACUACUGCAGCGGAAGGCCGAGGGAAAGCGAGCUGGCUUCAGAGAAACAGACCAACACCAACAAUCAAAUGUCCCGCAUCUGCACCUACCCACAAUGCAACAUGAGCUUCCUGGGUCCACAGGCUCUGAAGAUGCAUCUAUCCACACAUUCUGCUUUCAAGACUGAUGAGACGUCCCCUGGAAGCAGUUUGAAAUGCACAAUUUGUGACUACACGGCAGACACUCUGAUAGUCUUGCAGCCCCACAUCCUCACUCACCUGUCCCAAACAGGACUCCGGUGCAAUCAAUGCCACUUCACCUUCCAAACGCCUCAAAAUCUAGCAAAACACCAGGAGCUGCACAGACAUGGAGGUCUGGAGAGCAGAUCUACUAAAGAAAGUCAAACUGAGCGUCCAGAGUCCUGUGUUACUGCAAGUCCGACAGAUAAUAAAAGCACUGCAGGAAGUCCAGUUCAUCAAAACACUGUGCAAGAGAACAGCGAACAAGUGCAAGGAGCUAGCAAGGCUGAGGGAGGAUCUGGAGUCAAAGCUGGCUUUUCAUACAGUAGAGUCAAAUCAGAGCCUUCCAGCCCUCGUUUAGCUUCUUCUCCAAUCCAGAAUCAUGUAACCCCAGCGUUUCCCAUGCCACCCUUCCUGCCUCAUGUGCCAUUCUCACAGGAUUUUUCCACAGUCCCACAAGCUUCUGAAAUCCUGGCUAAAAUGUCAGAGCUGGUCCAUCGCAGGCUUCGUCACGGUGGCACCAGUUUCCCCCCAGUCAUGUAUAGCUCAUUGGUUCCAAAAGGAGCAACAUGCUUUGAAUGCAACAUUACAUUUAGCAACCUUGAUAAUUACUUAGUGCAUAAGAAGCAUUACUGUAACGGCCGCUGGCAGCACAUGAGCAAAUCUCACGAGUUCAGCAUUCUUGACAAAUCCCCAGUGAGUCCUAAAACUGGGGGCAGUUUAGCAAGCAUGCUGAAUGCUGGACACUCUUUUGAAGUUAAAGGUCCUAGUCAGUUCAACACUCCUCUAGUUGAGGCUUUCGAUGCAGGAGGAAAAGCAUCUGAGGAAUUUCCAGUGAACAGUAAAAAAUUGUUGACUCCAGGUGACGCAGAAGAAAGUCCAAAUGGUACCAUGUUAGACUCAAAGAGCCCGAAAACGUCAGAGAACGUUGAGUCAGACCACAAUCAGACAACAUGCGAGGCAUGCAAGAUCACGUUCAGUCGACAUGAGAACUACAUUGUUCACAAGCAGUACUACUGCGCCUCCCGCCAUGAGCCGCCUGCAAAACGAGCAGCGACCAACAAACAUUUUCAGAAAUCAUUUCGUACCCGAAAGAGAAGAAAAAUGCCAAGUCCUGAUCUGGUGACAUCUCAGUCCUACCCUAUCAGUAGUUCAUAUACAUCCCAGGAUACAGUAGAGAGUCUCAAGGAUAUGCUUCAUCAACGGUACAACUUGAUCCAGGGUUUGGUUACAAAGCAUCCUGAAGCUUCCUUGACCGUGGCAAAAUCGGCUCUUGUCUUAAAGUGUAAUGCAGUGGCUGAUGAAGAAGGUGAUGCCCCGAUAGAUCUGAGUAAAAAAUGCACAAUGCAGUUGAAAAAAGUUUCAGGGCUCAUGGACUAUCAUGAAUGUGCGAUGUGUAAAAUUAGUUUCAACAAAGUCGAGGACUACCUGAGCCACAAACAGACCUUCUGCCCAAGUGCAGUCUUGGAGAACAAAGCAUCAAACCUAAAAGAAGAAGCUUCCAGAAACGCAACUACCCCUGAUGGUUUCAGUUUCGAGCAUCCGGUCCAAAGUGUUAAUUCUUCUGCACCUGCUGAAAAGCAGCUGUCCUUAAAGGAUGAACAUGAUGUGUUGAAUUCUGAUAGCUAUCCUGGUGGUGCUAAAAAAAUGAGAGCGGAUGAGCAGAUCUGGCCAUAUUAUGAGAUUAAACCUGCUGACUACGCCACAGGGAUUUUUGAUCCUCAAAACGAGCGGAGGCAAAGCCCAAAUGAGGGCACUGAAGGAGAAAAAGAGCAACCCAUGCCAGAUGGCAGUCAUGUUGGCUCUGAAAAUACGGACAACCCCAAAAUAAAGUCUUUAAAAUCGAGUCUCUGGGGUGACGACAAGCAAGAAAAGGAGUCUUGCGGCAUUUUAAAUUCAACCCCGAACGUCCGCACGACGGCUUGUACCCCGGAUCAAGAGAGUGCUACGAAACCUAAAGAGAGCUUCUCUUCUUCACCAGUCUCCAAAAUGGAGAAGAUUUCCAACUUGAAAAGGAGUAUGAACGGAACCGUCUCUGUGGCAGUUAACGGCAAAUACUGCCGUCCAUGCGACAUCAAGUUCAACAACCUGUCAAACUUUAUAACACACAAAAAGUUUUAUUGCUCGGCACAUGCUACUGAGCAUGUCAAAUGAGACCUGCUGCGUCUCGGCCAUUUCUACGACAGCAAGUGGACAAUCAAAUCAGGAGAUUCCAGUGGUUCCAGUGGUUCAUCCAGUGGUUUAACAGUGAAUAUAUUUGUUGUGCGUGUGGUAUUUUUGGAUCUUUGUGACGUGUUUAUUUAUUUAUUUAAACAAACAAAAACAAUUCAUGCACUGAACUAAAACUGGCUUUACAUUGUACAAUUUUUGACCAGUUUUUGUUGCUUUGGUUGUAAGCUGUGAUCUGCACAAUGUGACACGAUCGGUAUUUGAGACAAAAGACAACAAUGUGUCAGCGGAGUUAGAACUGCGAUGACGCUCGUCUCAAAGCCACCACUAGGAGCACGGCUAGCUAGCACAACAGAUACGUGUGUGUGCUAGUAUAGCAAUGACAAAAUGUAAACUAAAACAUGCUAAUGAACAGAAAGCAUAUCCUUAUUACCUCAGUGUCACUCUGAAGAAUUAAGAACUGAUCGAUGGUGUGGGCCGAGCUCAGUAACCUUCUUUAAUCUCAGUAACCUUGGAUUGGGAUCAUGUUGUACCGCGUGACAGUGUAAACAGUGUAAAACCGGAUUUAUACAGAUUCAAGAUAAGAAAAAUUCACAAACGCUCAUUUAGAACGAGAUCUCAAACCUCAAGGCUACUCAUUAAAACUGUUUGGGAAUUUAAUUUCUUUUUGUAAUUAAUUGUUAAAGAUGUUUUCUGAACAAUGGCAUAAUUCUAAACAUUCAAUAGAUUCUAGUUUGUCUUUGAUGUUUUUACAAUUAUUCACACUUCACCAUGUUUCUUUCUUUUGGAGUAUGUUUUGCUUACGUGGAAAAAAAUGACUUGAACAUGUUCGCUAGUUCGUCAUUCUCUCUUUUUUGAAACUCUGAUCCUGAUGCAAUAUUUUUUAGAAACCGGAUUGUUAUUACAAAUCUGCUCGUUUGUUACCUCGACCCCCAGGAAUCGUCUGACACCUGAAAUGGUUCCUGUUCUCACUGAAGAUGACUGAAAGAGGAUUUACACUUGAAACAUGGAAAUGAAUGUUUUUUUUUUUUUCAUCUUUACAAUAGGAAAAUU